AUGAAAGUAUUCUUCAUUGUCUCUACUGCUUACAUAGUAGUUCUGCUACAAGGAUCCAAAAGAACUAAUACCAUUGCGUAUAACGAAAUGCUUAUGGGAGAUACAUUUAAGAUCCAGCAUUUGCUUAUUGGGAGUGCUUUAAUGAGUCUUUUUUUCCAUCACAAGUUCACAUUUCUUGAAUUAGCAUGGAGUUUUUCUGUGUGGUUGGAGAGUGUGGCAAUUUUGCCUCAAUUGUACAUGCUAUCUAAAGGUGGAAAGACGAGAAGCUUGACAGUUCACUAUAUUUUUGCCAUGGGUCUAUACAGAGCAUUGUAUAUUCCUAACUGGAUUUGGAGGAACAGCACCGAAGAUAAAAAACUGGACAAGAUUGCUCUUUUCGCGGGCCUUUUGCAAACCCUGCUAUACUCUGAUUUCUUUUAUAUCUAUUACACUAAAGUCAUCAAAGGGAAAGGUUUCAAACUGCCAAAAUAA